AUGCGGUUGGUGAAUGGGCAACGUUUAGUGCAGUCGUUGGAUCCGCUGAGCGAAAGUGUUUCCAGGCAUAUCGCUGAAUAUUGUCGACGAAACAGUGACGAAGAACAAAAGGAAAUGGAAAUUUUGAUGGAGAGGGUACCUGUACUGCGUUUAUAUCUCCGUAGAUAUCAAGGACUGGACAACGCACUGUUCGUGCUGUGCAAAUGGGCAGAACUGCAGAAGCUGUUCGAAGCGGGUACAUUACGAAAGGAACAUAUUUGUAUGUUGUUUCUUUUGUUCGGUUUGAAUCAAAUUGGUACCGUGAAGUCGUCACUCUAUUCGCAAAUGCUUGAAAAGACGGUAACAUAUUGUGAAGAUCACGAAGUGCGCGAUAUGAACGAGGUAUUGGGUGGAUUAGGGAAGUGUUUGUUGCGAUUUCUGCGAUAUUUGAGUUCGCGUGCAUUCGAAACAAAGAAAAUGUUCAAUUUUAUGAACGAAUACCUACAAUAUGGCUCUGUGUUGUUGCGUGGACAGUGGGUUGAACUGCAGAAGGCUGCCACAAAAACAUUUUAUAAGAUUGUUUUGACAAGUCGAUUCGACGAUUUACCAAUCGACAUGAAUGAAGCGAUUUGUCGGAAUGAACUUGUAAGCGAACAAACUGUUUGUUUCAUUUUUAUUUUAAAAUUUCUUCAGCGUUUUGGGAACUGGCAGGCUAUUGAUCUGUUUUUUUUGGAGCAUUGGUAA